AUGAAGGUAGGAGAUGCCGUCACCAGUAUUCCCUGUUCACCACCACCUGUGAUUGAGAAUGGGCAGCUCACCAGUGGGGACAGAGAGUUCACCUUUGGCGUGGCUGCAACCUACAGCUGUAACAAAGGUUUUGAUCUUAUUGGAGAUGCCACAAUUCACUGCACGACGAACGAUAACUUCAAUGGAAUAUGGAGCAGUCCAGCCCCUGAAUGCAAAGUGGUCAGAUGUAAAAGUCCAGAAGUGAAAAAUGGGAGAAAGCUAUCUGGCUUUGGCACUGAGUACAAGUAUAAAGAAACAGUGACCUUUGAGUGUAAUCCCGGUCACUUAUUGAAUGGUAGCAGCGUAGUUACUUGUGAAGCAGACAAUACCUGGAAGCCACCUCUGCCAACAUGUGACCCGAGACAGCAAUGUACUCCACCCACAAUAGAGAACGGGGAUGUGAUUGCAGACAAUUUCCAGUUUGAGACGGUUGUGACAUUCACCUGUCAUCCUGGGUAUGAAUUAAAGGGGUCAUCUUCUGCCAAAUGUGUGGUAUCAGGAAAUGGAGUUGAUUGGGAUACAGCAUCUCCGUACUGUGAAAGGCAGCCUUCUCACAUUCUCUGUGAAGAGCCCCCCACGGUUAACAAUGGGAUCCACAACGGCACAAAGGGCACAGACUUUGUCUAUGGCUCCACUGUAGCUUAUAAAUGCAAUAAUGGCUUCACCCUUGUUGGACCGGCCUUUCUUCAGUAUGGAGCGAACAUGAUCAUUGUUGUGACCCAACGCUUCUCUCGAAGUGGUGAAGCUUUCAGUGGGCUGAAAGCCCCGGGAGGAACCCAGCUGGGUGGGCGCUCAGGGGCAGCGGAGCUCGUCCGCAGCCCCCUGGGAGCUGCAGUCUGCGCUGGGGACCGGAGCAUGGUGCUCGCCUUCGCCCUCCGCCUCCUGGGCAGCUCCGCUUUGCUCCUGGCCACCGUGGCUGGGGCUCAAGAGGUGAUGUGUCCGCGGCCACCAAACAUCGCCAACGGGCUGCACAGCGGACAGUCCCUGGACAAGUUUCCCCUGGGAGUGACCGUGUACUACGGCUGCAAGGAUGGCUAUGAGCUGAUUGGGAACGUGUCCAUCAACUGCACGGAGGCCGGGCUGUGGAGCAAGCCCCUGCCCCGCUGUGAAGCAACUGGCUGCGAAAUACCCGAGGUGCAGAAUGGGAAGGUCUAUGGGCUGCAAAGCACCUACAAAGCUGGAGAGACUCUUCACUUUGCCUGCAACGCCGGUUAUGCCGCAGAGGACACCUACGAGAUUCAGUGCCAGCCGGGGGGGACCUGGGAUCCGCCAGCGCCCAUCUGCGAGAGGGUCCGACCAUGUCCCAUGCCUCCGGGGGUUCGCAACGGAAAUCACAAUGGCCAGGGCAAAGCAGAUUUUACUAUGGGAACGUCUGUAACAUACACCUGUGAUCCCGGCUACUACCUGGUUGGAAAUGCCGUUGUGUUUUGCAGAGCAUCAGGGAACUGGAGCCAGCCCGGCCCUCGCUGUGAAG